AUUUAAUGUCGAAUUAAAAAUUAUAUUUAUAAAUUAAAAUAAAUUAUUUAUGCCAAUGAAAUUGUAUCAUUAUAGUUAUUGAAUUUAUAAGAUAAGCAAAUAAAGUUCGAAUUGCAAAUAAUUCUUUGAAACGAAUGAAAGUGAAUAAUAUGAAAUUUAAAAUUGUUUUAUUUAAAUCUAUUUAAAAGAAUAUAGAAGUAACAAUAACGGCGGUUAAAAGUUUUAAAAGUAUUGUCGAAUACGUGGUAUGUAAUAAUAAGAUUUAAUAAUUUUUACUAGAUACGAUCAAAAAAUUUAUACUAAUGCUUUCUAAUAUUAUAAUAAUCAUAAAUUAUUUUAAGUAAAUUUUUAAUGAUACUUUACUGUAUAAAUCUUAUUUACUAUAUAAAAUCCUAAAUACGUUAUCACAAUUAUCGUAACAUAAUUUGAUAUAAAAUAUUUAUAUUUAUUUAUAAUAUUCAAAUUUAAUACACUUUUUCAUCUUAUUUUUAUUUUAUUCAAAUUAUUUUUUAUUACGAUUUAGUUUUGAUUAUUUUAUUUAAGAUAAUGAAGAAUUUAAAAAGAAAAUUUAAACCACCAAAGAUGCUGCUCAGAUUAUAUUCUUUGGUUAUUUUAAUAGUAGAUCUUGUGACACUUUUAUUUGGAAUAUUUUUUGCUAUUUUAAUUGCAUUAUAUAGAAUAUUUAGACCUCCUCCCUUAAAAAGUCUUCGUGGAGAAGUUGCAAUGGUUGUUGGUGCAGGACGAGGCAUAGGUAGAGAAUUAGCAAUUCAUUUGUGUCAACUUGGUGUUAAUGUUGCUUGUGUAGAUAUUAAUAUUGAAAAUUGUAGUAAUACUGUACAGUUAGCAUCUAAAUCGCUAGGAAUUGCUAAAAUGUAUAUUUGUAAUAUAACACAUAAAGAUGAAGUAGCUCAUACAGUGAAUGUUAUUCAAUCAGAAUUAGGUGAAGUUACAAUGCUUUUCCAUUGCUGUAGUAUACCAAGCCCUAGAGCAUUAGUUCAAGAUCCACCAGAAAUAAGACAUACGAUUGAUUUGACUAUAUUGAGUCAUUUUUGGUUAUUAGAUACAGUUUUACCAUGUAUGGAGCGUGCUGGUAAAGGUCAUAUAGUGGUUAUGUCAUCUGUGGCUGGCCUUUCUGGUGCUGCCACAGGAGGGAAAAGAGUUUCUUUAUCCACUGCACAAUUUGCAAUUCAAGGAUUAGCUGAGUCAUUACAUACAGAGUUAAGACAUUCAAACAGUAAUAUUAUAAUUUCUUUAGUCCAUGUUUAUCCAUUUAUUGUAGGUGCUGAAGUAGCAAAAGAUAUUCGUUUUAGAAUACCAAGUUAUUUUGGCACAAUGCCUGCCGCGGAAGCAGCUAAACAAAUUUUAGAUGGAGUUCGUCGAAAUUAUGCGGAAUUUAGUGUACCUGGAUAUUUGCUUUACUUAGGACAUAUUUUUAGAAUACUUCCAAAGAAGGCCUCGUUUAUGUUACGCGAUUUACUAGAUACCGGUGUUGACUUUGGAUGAAAAUCAAAUUUCCUAAUUAAAUAUGAGAGAAUGUAUUUUUAUUAUAAAAUUAUAAUAUACAUUGCAAAAUAAUGUAUGGAAAAACUGUUGCUAAGUUUUUACAAUAAUAUACAAGAGAAUUUUAAAAUGUAUUGAAAAAUGAAUAUUUUAUUUAGUUUUGUAUAUACUUUGAUCUUUGAAAUGUCUUUCAAUAAAGAUCAACAAAAUUUGUAACUUUUAUUAUAAUUUUUGUAUAAAAUUUCAUUUUUAUAUAUUUUAACGUUUGUAAAAAUAAAAUAAUAUAAUAUAUUAUUUUAUAAAUAAUAUUAAUUUAUAAAUAAAUAAUUAUACGUGUUGCGCAUAAAAUAUUAUGGCGCAACUGAAAUAUUAAAGAUA